GAUCAUACCUAUGGCUGCUGUUUCUUGCGUGCUUCUUUUCUUUCUUUCUUGUCUAUUUCUAAAAUCCAUAUCUCAAGCCAGCGCCCAGACAAUGUUAACCGAAUCCUGUGAUAAUAACAGCAACGGCACCUAUAACACCAAUCUCAACACCCUUUUAUCUACUCUCUCUUCCAACACUGAAAUUAACUAUGGUUUCUACAACUUCUCAUAUGGUCAAAAUGAAGACAAAGUUAACGCCAUUGGGCUCUGCAGAGGAGACCUUAAGCCAGAUGAGUGUCGUAGUUGUCUCAACGAUGCCAGAAGCAAUCUCACAGUCAAUUGUCCAAACCAGGAGGAAGAGAAAGAGGGAAUUUUGCACCUUGACAAAUGCAUGUUGCGCUACUCAAACCGCUCAAUAUUUGGCGUCAUGGAGACUUCUCCUACGCUUUAUAUGUGGAAUUCCACCAAUGCAACCGACGUGGAUCAGUUCAAUCAGGUGCUCCAGAACCUGAUGAGGACUCUAACUGAGAGAGCUGCAUCGGGUGACUCUCGUCGUAAGUAUGCAGAGGGAAGUUCGUCUGCUCCAAAUUUUCAAACCAUACAUGGUCUUGUGCAGUGUACUCCUGAUUUGUCUCAGCAAGACUGCAAACAAUGCUUGGAUCGUGUGGCUAUCUCACAAAUCCCAAGUUGUUGCAAUGGCAAGAUCAUGGGUGGUAAAGUUCUUACACCAAGUUGUAAUGCUAGAUUCGAAACUUACCGGCAUCUUCCGUCUUCAAAAGGAAAUAGCGACGCGUCACGAACUGUACUCGUCGCCAUGGCAGUGCUAGUCGUUAGCGUUGAUUUGGUGCUCGGUUUUAUCUGAAAUGAAAACUCGCCAACUUCACUGCAGCUAUUAUCUAUAUGGAAAUAAUUCUUGGACACUCUUUUAUUAAAGUAUUACCAAUACCAACUACCAAUCUUUUUUUUACAACUUA